GAGGGAGAGGGCCCCCUGAGCCUGAGAGCAGCCAACUCCAGAAAAAACCCAUGUCACGUGGUUUCUGGGAAUCGAAACUAGCGGGGUGUUCAGAAGCAUUCAUUGCUCCUCGGGGUCCGGGCGAAGGGCAGUCUGCAGAGGGCCUGCAGCAGGAAGGCGGGCCCAGGACCACCAGCGGCGCUCAGGCAGGUAAGGGCUCCCAGGCCGCCAUGGCCCUCCCCCGGCUCCUCUGGGUGUGGCUGCUGGUCGCAGGGACUCAAGGCGUGAGAGAUGGUGACAUGCGGCUGGCCGACGGGGACGCCCCCAACGAGGGCCGCGUGGAGAUCUUCUAUGGAGGCCAGUGGGGCACCGUGUGUGACAACCUGUGGGACCUGGUGGACGCCAGCGUCGUCUGCCGCGCCCUGGGGUUUGAGAACGCCACCGAGGCCCUGGGCAGGGCCGCCUUUGGGCCAGGAACGGGCCCCAUCAUGCUGGACGAAGUGCAGUGCUCGGGGACAGAGCCCUCGCUGGCCAACUGCUCGUCCCUGGGCUGGCUGAGGAGCAAGUGCAGGCACAACCAGGACGCCGGCGUCAUCUGCAGCAACGAAACCGGCAGCGCCCACACGCUGGACCUGUCCGGGGCGCUGCCCGCGGCCCUCGCGCAGAUCUUCGACAGCCAGCGCGACUGCGACCUGACCGUGGCCGUGAAGGCGGACGGCGCCGAGCCGCUGAGCCUGUGCGCCCACAGCCUGAUCCUGACCAGCAACCCCGAGGCCCAGGCCCUGUGGUCAGAGCCGGGCAGCACGGUCACCAUGGAGGUGGACGCCGAGUGCCUGCCAGUGGUCACAGACUUCCUCAGGUACUUCUAUUCCCGGCGGAUCGACGUGUCCCUGCCCAACGUGAAGUGCCUCCACAAGCUGGCCUCUGUCUUCGGGGCCCAGCAGCUGCAGGCCUACUGCGCGGGCCUCUUCGCCUUCCUGCUGCCCGAGGACCUGUCCUUCCAGACGGCCCUGGACCUCCACGCCUAUGCCCUGGCCACGCGGGACCCCACGCUGGAGGAGCUGUGCGUGCAGUUCCUGGCCUGGAACUUCGAGGCCCUGACGGGGGCCGAGGCCUGGCCGCGCGUCCCCACAGCCCUGCUCCGCGCCCUGCUCUCCCGGAGCGAGCUGGCCGUGCCCAGCGAGCUGGCCCUGCUGACGGCCCUGGACGCCUGGAGCCGGGAGAAGGGGGCCGCCCCCGGGGACGUGGAGGGCCUGGUGCGGGAGGUCCGCUUCCCCAUGAUCCCGCCCGAGGACCUCUUCCAGCUGCAGAGCAACCUGAGCCUGUACCGCAGCCACCGCGCCCUGUUCCAGGAGCAGACCCUGCAGGCCCUGGAGUUCCACACGGUGCCCCUGCCGCUGCUGGCCCAGCUCCGCGGCCUGAACCUCAGCCAGGACGCCUACCAGCCCCGGCUCUACACCUCGCCCACCUGGAGCUGGGCCGUGACCAGGAGCUCCCGAGACUCCUCCCGCCGCUCUUAUGACUCGUACCCCUACCGUUACGGCUCGUACUCUAAACCCUAUGGCCGCUACGGCCGCUACGACCCUACGUCUGCGCCCACGGGGUACUUCCAGACGCCGCAGCACCCCAGCUUCCUCUUCCGGACCAGCCGCGUCUCCUGGACCCUCGCCUACCUCCCCACGGUCCAGAGCUGCUGGAACUACGGGUUCUCGUGCUCCUCCGACGAGGUGCCCGUCCUGGGCCUCUCCCAGCCCGGCUCCUCCGACCCCACCAUCGGCUACGAGAACAAGGCGCUGAUGCUCUGCGGGGGCCGCUUCGUGGCCGACGUCACGGCCUUCGAGGGCGGGAAGGCCGAGAUCCCCAGCGCCCUGAACGCCAACAGCUCCAGGAGGGCCUCCUCCUUCCCCUGCCCCGCGGGCUCCUUCAGCAGCUUCCGGGGCGUCAUCCGCCCCUUCUACCUGACCAACUCCUCGGGGGUGGACUAGCGGGGGCUGCCCUCCCCAGGGGCACACCCGCCCCCUCCCCCAGGGGCGAACACUGAGCCCAGCUCCUUCCCCUCCGCAACAGCCGCCUCCCACACCGGCCUCCAGAUGUCCCCCCGCUCCCACUGAUCUCUCUGAGCUGAAGGAGAGCGCCGGAAGGUUCCAGCGAGGCUCACCCCCGGCCGAGAAUCCCCAGUCCCCGCUGCCCGCUGGCCGGAAGCGAGGAGACCGGGCCUCAUGGCUGCCGGGCUUUCCUCACGCCUUCCCGCUCAGUCCCGUCUCGGAUGAUUAAAGUUGCACCGUGCUGCCGGCUCGUUCACGCAGAA